AUGACACUGACCGCCAAGCCACGCGGCGACAUUCGCAAAGAAAGUUUGCGUUGCGAGCUACACGUGCGCUUUGGAGAUAAGAUAGCUAUCACACACGUGUGGCGUCCUUUGAAGCGUCGAUCCAGCGGCUGCAUAGGCCAGAGGACUACGGCAAAGGCCAAACAAGAGGUCUAUGAUGACUUGUAUGCUAGGUUGAACAGUAAGGAGGGAGAGCUGGAUCUCUACAGGUUGGCAAGGCAGAGAGCCAGAGAUGGGAAGGACGUGCAGCAGGUUAGGGUGGUCAAGGAUAGGAAUGGAAGUGUACUGACAGAUGCCAGUAGUGGGAUGGGAAGAUGGAAAGAGUAUUUUAAAGAGUUGAUGAAUGAAGACAAUGAGAGAGAAGGAAGAGUAGAAGAGGUGUCUGCUGUGGACCAGGAAGUAGCAAACAUUGGCAAACAGGAAGUGAGAAGAGCAUUGAAAAGGAAGAAGAGUGGGAAGGCCCUUGGUCCUGAUGGUCUACCUGUGGAGGUCUGGAAGUGUCUGGGAGAGGCAGCAGUAGAGUUCCUGACCGGGUUGUUCAAUAGGAUCUUAUGUGGUGAGAAGAUGCCUCAGGAAUGGAGAAGAAGUGUGUUGGUGCCCAUUUUUAAGAACAAGGGUGAUGCUGCGCUGAGGCUAAUGGGCCAUACCAUGAAGUUAUGGGAAAGAGUAGUUGAAGCUAGAAUACGGGCAGAAGUCUGUGAGCAGCAGUAUGGUUCUACAGAUGCAGUAUUUGCUUUAAGAAUGUUAAUAGAGAAGUACAGAGAAGGUCAGCGGGAGCUGCAUUGUGUCUUUGUAGAGUGGAGAAAGUCUGGAGUGACAGAGAAGUAACUUCAAGUGGUGCAGGACAUGUAUGAGGACUGUAAGACAGAGGUAAGAUGUGCUGUAGGUAGGACAGAAGAGUUCAAGGUGUAAGUGGGACUGCAUCAGGGAUCAGCUCUGAGCCCCUUCUUGUUUGCUAUGGUGACGGACCGGCUGACAGAUGAGCUUAAACAAGAAUCUCCAUGGACUAUGAUGUUUGUAGAUGACAUUGGGAUUUGUAGUGAGAGU